AUGUCCUCCCGCUACGCAGCAGCCCGCCCAAAGCGCGCCGGCGAACAAUUCGCGCGAACUCAUCACGGCGAAGGCGACGACGGCGGCCCCUCCUCCACCAAGAAACCCAAGUUCGACCUCAGGAAUCCCUCUGCUCUAGCCCCCGAUGCGCCAGAAGAAGAUGCGAUUCUUGAGGCUGAUGUCAUUGGGUCUGGGCCGGGCAUGAAGAGGGGCGCCGUCAAUAUAGACGGAUAUGACAGUGAUUCCGAUAACGAGGGAUUCGAUGCGAGAGCGGAGGAGAGGGCGAAGGGAAAGAAGGGGGAGGUCAGUCUCGCCGAUGCUUUUGAGUAUGGGAAGGAUGGGAUUGGGAAGGGGGAGCAAGAGGACGAGGAUGAUGAUAUGUUUGGGGACUUGGAGGAGGAUGAGGUCAAAGAGAGCAAAACAAAAAAGAGCGUUACAUUCUUAGAAGCAGACGAGAUUGAGGGACAGGUGGAAAGCAGUAAGAGUGGUGGGCACAUAUCCGGAAAUUUCGUAUUGGAUCCUAAAGGCAAACUCUCCACCCACGCCAUGGACGACCAGCUCUCCUCCGACGACGAAGAAGACGCCGCUCUCGCUCUCCAAGAAGAGGAUAUAGACGCGGAAGUCGGACUCGGGGGCCUCAAGCGCAAUGCCCCAAAGGUCGACGCCUUUAACAUGAAAGCCGAGCAAGAAGAAGGACGCUUCGACUCUGCCGGGAACUUCGUGCGCAAAGCCAACGACCCCGACGCCAAACACGACAUGUGGCUCGAAGGCGUAUCCAAAAAAGAAAUGCGCAAGGCAGCCGAGGCGCACGAAAAGCGCGAGGAGGAACUGAGAAAGAGACGGCUCGAGGACGAUAUGGUCGAGACGAAGGAUGUCUUGGGGGUGUUGAUUGGGCAGUUGGAGAAGGGAGAGACGGUCCUGGAGGCGCUGGCCAGGUUGGGAAGGGGCCAGAAGAAGGAAAAGAAGGUGCCGAAGUGGAAACUCAAGAAGAUGAAGCAGCAAAAUCGGAACGGGAAUGGAAAUGGAGGUGAGGAGAUGGACGUCGACUCUAAAACAGAAGCCGAGGACCCCGAGCAAGUGCGGAUCAAGGAGGCCGUCGACGUCAUCACGGGCGCGGCGGACCAGCUGCUCACGAGGGGCCAGACGGAGAUCUACGAACAGGAGCGGGAGAUGCUGAUUCGGCAGUACCGGCGAGAAGCCGGGGAGGAUUGGGCGGAGCCCAAGAAGGAGGAGAUGGCAGAAGAAGGAGGAGAUGUGAAGAUGUGGGAGUACAGGUGGAUUGACGGGCGGGACGGAGCGGCGAAGCAGGGUCCGUAUGAUGGGGCGACCAUGGUUGCGUGGCAGGACGCUGGGUAUUUCGGGGAGGGAGUGGAGUUUAGGCGAGAGGGCAAAGGUGGGCCGUGGGAUAGAGUAGUGGAUUUUGUAUAA